AUGGACGACUCCGAGCUUGAACAAAUCCGCAAGGCUCGUCUCGAGCAGCUCAAGGCGCAAGGCGGCGGCGGCGGUGGUGGCGGUGGCCGUCAAGGUGGCAGCGGCGGCAGCGGCGCACAAGACCAAGAACAAAAGCGACAACAGCAAGACGACGCCCGCCAGAGCAUCCUAAACCAGAUCCUGCAGCCCGAGGCCGCCGACCGCCUCGGCCGCAUCCGCCUCGUCAAGGAGGAGCGCGCCGCCGAGAUUGAGAACCGGCUGAUUGCGCUGGCGCAGUCGGGCCAGCUGCGCGCAAAGGUGACCGAGGAGCAGCUCAAGGAGCUCCUCAACGCCGUGGCCGAGAAGAAGGAGGAGGAGAAGAUUGUGGUCAGCCGCCGCAAGAACUGGGACGACGACGACGACGACUUUUUCGAUCUAUAA